AUAUAUAGGCUUAACAUUUGAAGCGUUAUGGUUACCUGCUGAUAUCAGUAGUUAUUUACAUGGAAAAAAAAUAAAGACGCGUAUUCACAAACAAAUGAUCUCAAAAUGGAUAGGCAUUUAAUACACUGCUUCGAUUAUUUUACUGCAAAAGCACUCGUGUUUUUCGCGUUCUUUCCCUAUGGACUUUCUCCCAUUAAAGCUGAAACAUUUGCAUGUGGACAGGAUAUAUGUAAUAAAGGUUACACUGUUUGUAUAUCUCCACCACUCGUUUUGACUCAGCCAGAUUCAUAUUGCAUACCGUGUGAAAAGUUUGAAGGAACUUGUGGCACCGCAGACCAACAAAAUGGCUGCCAUCUUUAUUGCAGGGGUUUGGUUAUGAAAGAGGUGAGAACGGAAAAUACAAAAAUACAGAACCUUGAACAAGAAAAGUCCGUGCUUGAAAAAGUAAACAAAAAUUUAAAAGUUGGACUGAUAGUAUCUGUGUGUUUCGCCGUGGUAUUGCUAAUAGGAACACUUGUCCUAAUUGGGCUGUAUGUACGUAGACGUGCAAAAUGUAGUCAAGGAAACGUGAGCGAUGAACAGCAAUCUUUAAGUUCUUGUGAUUCUGCAGCAACAGUUUUAUUGCCACCAAGCUCUGACCCGAGUACAACGAGUAUAAACACUGAGAAAGAGAAACAUGGGGACAGUAUAGAAGAAAAGAAAGACACUAAUAAAGAUACAGAAAACGAUAGCAGGAAAGACGUACAGAAUGGUUGCUAUGGUGAUGAUAAACUGCAUAACGUUAAUCCCGUGCAGCCCGAGAACAACUUCGAAAUGGCCUUUAACUGAUAACCAUGCUGGAAAUCUUUAACUCAUUUAAUGAUUUACAUCAAACGAACGAUGUCCAACACGAGAUACGGAUAUCAGUAAAGUUCAUUUUCAUUUGUGUUACUGAUUCAAAUCAGAGUUAUAAUGAACAUGUCCAUGUCCAUGAUUUUCCAGAAUCUUCCAAAUUAUAAAUGACACGGUGUGCGGCAACAAUUUCAGAAUAAACGCACUGCAGUUGUAGAAUCCCAGCUCGUUUAAUUCAAUAAAGAAAGACGCUAUCUAUCGUUUACUGUCACACCCCUCUUUUUGAGAGUUAUGGACAGGAAUGCGUGUCACGAUUACUUGACGGAGACAAUAAGGAUGCAUAAGGCGGAUAAUCCUAACAGGAGGCUGAAGAUAAGGGACGCUGCAAAACUCUAACUCGUUAAACCAGUCAAAGUGAAUCUCGCCUCAAUUUCAUUAAAAAGUGAAUAAAAAAACAUUGGUUACAUGACUGAAGUUUUGUUCGUCCGAGGGCUGUGUGUAGUGUAUAUGUGUGCUUUUUGGUGUGUGAGGUUUUGGAAGUUUUACUUCUCAAUUUGUAUUGACUUAGAUAUUGUAUCAUUUAUCACAGUGUGUAUAUAAGUAUUGGGAAUGAUUGCUGUAAUCUAUAUCAUGUAUACGUCGUCUGUAACGUUUCGUGAUGCACUGUAUAUACAUGCAAGAGUAAAAAAUACAACAUAGCUGCGUAAAUGACCCUCCACUCUACUUUUAUAAACCUUCAGCAACCUUUCUCUAUCUCGGACCCUCGACUCUGGUUUAGAACAUUAGUUAAUAUUUUCCGUAUCAGCCCUUUGACUCUGUUUUAUAACCUUUAAGUAACCUUUCCCGUACGAGUUCUGAAGCAAUAGGGUGAUCAGUAUGCACUCGAAUUAUCUUCAAUAUGCAGAUAAGAUGCGAGGACGUCUAAUAUUUAUAUGAAAGUGAAAGGUCAAGAAUUUUUGGUAUUUACCUUUCUUAUUGGGAAAAACCACCAUGUCAUUUUAGUAAUAAUAACAAUUACGUAUUUAACUUUGUAUAUUUGCAUUUGAUCAGAUGAUAACGAGAUUGUCGGACUGUUUACAAAAGAAACGUGACAAUAUAGGCCUAUCCAGUU